AGCAGCAUGAAGCGUUGGGAAUGCUGGGGCUGAGCGCUCCAGGCCCUGGGAAGGAGGAUGCUCCAGCCCAGUAACUACAGCCUGGUGCUAUUCCUGCAGUUCCUGCUGCUUUCCUAUGACCUCUGCGUCAAUUCCUUCUCGGAGCUGCUCCGCACAGCUCCUGCUGUCCAGCUCGUCCUCUUCAUCAUCCAGGACAUCGCCAUCCUCUUCAACGUCAUCAUCAUCUUCCUCAUGUUCUUCAACACCUUCGUCUUCCAGGCUGGAUUGGUUAAUCUCCUCUUCCACAAGUUCAAGGGAACUAUCCUGCUCUCUGCAGCCUACCUGGUGCUCAGCAUCUCCUUCCAUGUCUGGAUUAUGAACCUGCGCUGGCGUGAUUCCAUCCGCUUCAUCUGGACAGAAGGCCUCCAGACCCUGUUUGUUUUCCAGAGGCUGGCUGCCGUGCUCUAUUGCUACUUCUACAAGAGGACAGCAGUGCACCUGGGGGACCCCCUGUUCUACCAGGACUCGCUUUGGCUGCGCAAGGAGUUCGCCAGUUUCCGUGGCUGAUGGAUCC